AUGUCCCAAGAUGGUUCCGAGAUGGACCUGGUCCCGGUCUCCUUGGCCGUGGUCAAUGGUCAACUAGCCAGAAUGGAGGUCAAGGACAAACUCUUGAGAGGCGCUCAAUACUUCGCCCGCAUGUGGAGUGGUAUUCUUCUGGAGUCGACCGAUCCAAGUACCAAGGAGCUCUACAGACAGAUCAAGAUGGUUCAAGGCUUGCUCGGUGAUAGUAGACGAACUUUUAGGUGGUUUAAGGAACUGGCCGUGAUCCCUACUAUUCCUAAUGAGUUUAAUAAGAAGUCAGAGGUCGACAGGGCUCUCGGAGUGGCCAGCAAGAGUCUACUGCUCGCCUUCCUCCUCACUGAUCGUGUCCUCUGGCUCCAAAAGCUCGGCCUUAUCAGACGUGAUAGCAAGCCCGUUGAUACCCUUAAAAUGUGUAUGAAGUUCUUUACAUUGAUGCAGCUCACGAACUUCGCCAUCGCCUAUAAGAAGUAUCGCGAACAAGUUGCCCUCCAGGGCCAGGCUGGUCAUGAUCCCUCCAUCGAGUCGGCCCAACUACAGUUGGCCGUGAAGAGUCUCUUACUGGCUGUUCAGGGGCUCCACAAUAGCGGCUGGUUUGAAACUCACGACUCAUUCGUCGGAGCCUUGGGAGUGGUCACCUGUGGCAUGGACAUGUGA